AUGUCCAGUGCUUACAAAUGGGCUGUUGAACGGGGGCGGAAAGCUCUGCAGUAUGGGAAAUACCAGCUCAUGUUUGAUGACCUCAGGCGCAACCCUAAGCAAGUUGAGCAAGUCAAAAGUCGUAUGAAGGAAAUUGAAAAACUCUUCUAUCAUGACAAGGAACCCAUUUUCUGUGAAACUGUCUCCGCGGUUGUGGGAGCCAAAUACCUACAGGGCAAACACGGAUGGCGCGGUAAGACAAUAACAUACAGUUCCCAAAAUGCUGACAAGGAAGGAAUCAUCAAGCAGGCUAAAGAACUAGAACUGAAGCCCGUAGCAAAGGAUUUGAAGGGGGAUGACGACAAGUCCGCUGCUGGACCCAGUGGCAGUCAGAGGGAUGGAAAGUAA